AACACACCUAUCAUUGGUUCAGGAACACACAUAUAAUCGAUUCACAAUACACAUUCCUAACUUUGACAUAUCAUUACUACACACUCAUUCUUGGUGUACACAUUUCAUAUAUAUAUUUGGAGAUUGUUCUAGACACAAAGUAUUGAAUAAAACACGUGCAUUAUUAAUUGUUCUCUUUUAUUUAAUAAAGUAAUUUGUACCUAAGCUAAGGUACAUUACAUGGUGCCGAAACCCGAAUUAAAACGGAAAAAUGCCAGACCCAGCAACUAAUAGGGAAAACCUGACCACAAUAUUAGACCACCAAAAAGUUUUGUCAUAAACAAUUAUCAAAAUGUGGCAAACGAGUGGAAAUUGUGGCUUCAACAAUUCGACUGGUACUCCAUCGCGACAGAAUUGGAUACUAAAAAACCAGAAGUUCAGGUCGCAGUAUUCAUGGCGUCUGUAGGAAAGGACGCAGCAGUAAUUUACAAUACUUUCAACUUAACAGAAAAUGAAAAAAAAAGCGUCAGCACAAUCAAAAAGCGAUUUACGGAAUAUUUUACGCCCAAAAUCAACGAAACGUAUGAAAGAUACGUAUUCAAUACAAUCGUACAAAAGGAGUGUCAAACAUUUGAUGAAUUCGUCACAGAUCAUGGAAGCAAAAUUAAAAACUGUGGUUACGGAACGUUAGAAGACACCUUAAUUCGCGACAGAAUAGUAGUGGGUAUAAUAAAUGACACAACAAGGGAAAAACUACUAGCGGAAGGCAAAUUAACCUUGCAAAAAGCCAUAGAUAUUUGUCACUCUGCAGAGCAAGUCAAGAUGCAGGUAACAACAAUGAAACAAGCGGCUACAGUUGACGCAGUUACGUGGAACAAAAAGCAAACUAAAAAAGACAACAAAGAACCUAACAAAAAAGAUGAAACCUUUCACUGCAAUAGGUGUGAUACCACGCACGGCCGUCGUAAUUGUCCGGCCUUUAAAAAGAUUUGCCAGAAAUGUAAAAGGAAAGGCCAUCUAACCAAAUGUUGCAAAAGCAAAACGGUCAACGAACUGGUCGAAGACCGUGAAGGCGACUAUUACAGUUUUGUAGUGUCUACGGUAGGUGCGGAAUUAGACAGUGUGGACGUCGAAGAUUGGUAUGAAAAAGCUACGCUGGCCAAAAACGUAAUGGUAAAGUUCAAGCUUGACACAGGUAGUCAGUGCAACGUUUUAAACUACGAAACAAUAAAGAAUAUAGACGCUCACAUCAGUCCAACGUCAACAAAGUGCUUAACAUCGUUUUCAAACCAUAAAAUCCCCGUACUGGGUGAAGUGGUCAUAGACACGCUUAUUAAAAAACAAGAAGUACCCAUAAAAUACUUAGUCGUCAAAGCAGAUGUCUCAGCAGUGCUUGGUAAGUCAACAUGUGAAAAAUUAAAAUUAGUAAAGCGUAUUGAAACCUUAACUAUUGAUGAAGACUUAUUUGAAGGAAUUGGUUGCCUUAAGCAAUACAUAUACGACAUAGACUUAAUAGAAAAUCCGAAACUAAGCAUAUGCCCUGCACGAAAAAUCCCACACACGAUUAGACAGCAGGUUAAAGAGGAGCUUGAUAGUAUGGUUGCGCAAAAAAUAAUUAAACCCAUAACAAAGCCUACACCGGCUGUGUCACCCAUGGUGGUAGUAAGAAAAAAUAAUAAAAUUAGACUCUGUUUAGAUCCAUCGGUGAUAAAUAAAAAUCUCAAAAGACGUUAUUAUCCACUUAAUACGUUAGAAGAAAUUACAGCGCGCAUUCACGGCUCAAAUUGGUUCACGUUACUCGAUUGUAAAAAAGGCUUUUGGCAACUGCAAGUAACACCCCGUACUUCAGAAUAUCUGACAUUUAGUACCCCGUUCGGAAGAUACUCUUGCUUAAGGAUGCCAUUUGGCUUAGCAUCGGCUCCGGAGGUUUUCCAACAAGUAAUGAGUUCGCUGAUCGCGGACGUAAAGAACGCUGAGGUAUCAAUGGAUGAUGUUCUCUUGCAUGCCACCAGCAAACUAGAACUAGAGAGGAUCACUCAAGAGGUACUUGACAAAUUCAAAAUAGCAGGCCUUAAGCUGAACAAAGAAAAAUGCGUUUUUAAUACACAAGAAGUAAAGUUUCUAGGACAUAUAGUCUCCGCUGAAGGUGUAAAACUUGAUCCCGAAAAAAUAGAAACUAUAACGAAAAUUAAGCAACCGGAAAACGUGAAAGAGUUGCAAAGAUUCUUGGGUAUGGUAACAUACGUGUCGAAAUUUAUAAAAAAUUUGGCAGAUAUCACCCAACCACUAAGACAAUUAUUGCGAAAAGAUGUUGAGUGGGUAUGGGAUACGCAACACAAUGAAGCAUUCAAUAAAUUGAAAAAUCUGCUAAAGAAUCCACCAGUAUUAGGGUAUUAUGACACGAAAGCGCCAAUUUUGCUGUCAGUAGAUGCCAGUAGUUAUGCAUGUGGCGGAGUACUAAUACAAAAACAGAAGCCGAUCGCUUACUGUGCAAAAUCGUUCACAAAAACCGAACAGGACAUGUACAUUUGGGGUUGCAAAGAUUUAACGAUCGAAUCUGACCAUAAGCCUCUUAAGACGAUAUUUAAAAAGCCAAUAACAGAUGCACCACCGAGAUUGCAAAGAAUCAUGUAUCAAAUCCUGCCUUAUAAUCCAAAAGUUACUUAUAAAAAAGGUACGGAAUUGUAUGUAGCAGAUUUCCUGAGUAGAGACUGCGAAAACUUAGAUGGUGAAGAUUUAAAUACAGAAAAUUUACAAAUAUGUGCUAUUGUGCCAUUCACGAAAACGCGAAAAGACGAACUUAAAGCAGAGACCGCAAAAAGCAAAGAACUUAAUGAUUUAAAGUUAAUCAUACUAAAGGGAUGGCCAGAUACCAUCAAUAAAGUGCCCGUAAAUCUGAAAAAAUAUUGGUACUAUAGAGAAGCUCUCAGCGUUUAUGAGGACAUAAUUUUUAAAGAUCACCGAGUAUUGGUUCCAAACACAAUGGUGCCAUUAGUUAUGAAACAUUGCCACCUUAGUCAUAAAGGACUACAAGGGACGCUAAAACUGGCCCGUGACAAUAUAUUCUGGCCAACAAUGACCAAAGAUUUAACUGAGUACAUAAAAACUUGCGGUGCAUGCAGCAAAAUACAAAAAGAUAAUCAGAUGGAACAAAUAAAUUUACAAGCCGCACCGAAACGGCCAUGGAGUAUUGUCGCUUCGGACAUAUUCCACUUAAGAGGAAAGGAUUGCCUCCUCAUUGCAGACAGCUACUCAGGAUAUUUUGACUUUAAACAACUAAACAAUAUCACCAGUUUCAACGUCAUUAAAGAAUUUAAGACAUGGUUUGCUACCUUCGGCAUUCCGGAGGUACUAUUAUCAGAUGGUGGUAAACAAUUUGAUUGUAGCGAAUUCAGGGCCUUUCAGAAAGAAUGGAACUUUGAACAUAGAAUUUCGAGCCCUCAUUUUCCACGUUCAAAUGGCCUAGCAGAACGCUAUGUACAAGAGGCUAAAAACCUGAUGAAAAAGUGCCUUGAAGACAACACGGACAUACACCUAGCCUUGCUACAUCAUCGGAAUACUCCACGCUUGGACCUAGGGUCUCCAGUUCAACGAUUAAUGAACAGAAGAACCAGAACGCUAUUACCUACCAAUGAAAAACUACUCAAUCCAAAAAUAAUAAAAAACGUGAGCAAAAAACUAACAAAACUCAAGGAAGGUGAGAAAGGAACAGCAGACAGAAAUAAAAAACAGAGUAGAGAAUACACUACGCAAGAGAAAGUACUGCUUAGACAAAGCCAUAAUAACUGGGUUCCAGCUUAUAUAGUGAGACCAGAAGGACACCGCUCGUACAGAGUACAAACCGAGGAUGGCGCCACAUACAGAAGAAACACAUGGCAUCUUAAGCCAGCCACUUCAUCCCUUGACGUUAAUCCUAACUCGUCCACUGACCGUCCUACUGUUGAACCAAAAAUCCAAAGUCCUUCGAGUCCAACACAGCCACCGACAGAAACCACAACACAACAGUGUUCGCCAGAUGACGUGCCUCUGGAAGCUGAGCCGUCCACGCCCGCUACACCACAGGAUGCAGCUAGUCUCAAUCACCCACCGCGCACUCGCUGUGGACGUGUAAUUAAGACACCCGCAAGGUACCGCUGAAAAGGAGGGAUGUCAGGAACACACCUAUCAUUGGUUCAGGAACACACAUAUAAUCGAUUCACAAUACACAUUCCUAACUUUGACAUAUCAUUACUACACACUCAUUAUUGGUGUACACAUUUCAUAUAUAUAUUUGGAGAUUGUUCUAGACACAAAGUAUUGAAUAAAACACGUGCAUUAUUAAUUGUUCUCUUUUAUUUAAUAAAGUAAUUUGUA